CUUAUACUGGUCUCUUAGAAAAAAAAAAAAAAAAUGUGGUAGAACACUAGAACUAUAAUCGUGUAAUUACUCUCAGAGAAGCUUUUCUCUUGGGUUGUUCCUUUUGCUAUUUCGGUUACCCUCUCAGCUGUCAUCUCCAUCUGCAAACAUGCAGGCCAGUGAUAGGUUUAACAUUAAUUCCCAGCUUGAGCAUCUCCAAGCUAAGUAUGUUGGGACUGGUCACGCCGAUUUAAAUAGAUUUGAGUGGGCGGUAAGCAUCCAGCGUGAUAGCUAUGCAUCAUAUAUUGGCCAUUACCCGAUAUUGGCCUACUUUGCUAUUGCAGAAAAUGAGUCUAUUGGAAGAGAACGCUACAACUUUAUGCAGAAAAUGCUUUUGCCUUGUGGUCUACCCCCCGAAAGAGACGAAGAUUGAGAGGUCAGGCUUUCAAGUUAGGAUUUAUUAAUUUUAGUGUUUUUGUUUGUUGGCUGUAAAGCUAAUUGUUUGUGAUGCUCGAAAGGAAUGAUGAACUUCUAUGACCAUGAUGAGUACUGAAUUAUGGUCUCAUUAUAUGCUUGUGUACUUGGUAAAGUAUACUAAUAUGGUUUCACAUUUCUUAAAUGGUUGAUUCGUCUUCUUUUAAUGGCAAAUGUAAUGGAUCUUUGAAGAA